AUGGGUAUCGCGCUCCCGCUUGGUGUCUUCCUCAAGCAUACACAUUACGAUUAUGAAGCCAAAGUUCUUCCCUAUGUCGCCAAGCACACGACCAUUCCCGUGCCUACCGUCAUCGACACCCUACACCUUGGCGAUGACCAUUUUCUCAUUGUUAUGUCCGAGAUCCCAGGCAGCGACCUCGACUCGACGUUCCGAGACAUGACGGAGGAGCAGACAGCGCAUGUCGUGCGGCAGCUCUCCGGCCUUCUGGCUCAGAUACGCGCCAUACCACCCCCGCAGACAGGUGUUUGUGCUUUGGGUGGCGGGGGGAUACGCGACAAUCGGCUGUCAUUCGCCAUGAAGCCCUGGGGCCCAUUCUCUUCCGUGCCCGAGUUUCACGACUAUCUGGUGCAUCGCUCCGAGCUUCGCCUCGACGAAUGCGAGCACCCUGAGGAGGUUCUCUCUGUAAUCAAGAAAAGUCAUACAAAGACUCAUCGGGUGUGCUUCACGCAUAACGACUUCCAUCCCGGAAACAUCAUGGUCGACGAUGACUUCAACGUCACCGGGCUGGUGGAUUGGGAAAUGUCGGCGUGGAUGCCUGAAUAUUGGGAGUAUACGAAGGCCCUCUACCUACCGUACUAUAAGUCAAAGAAGGCAAAGUGGUACGAGAUCAUGACGAGGAUCUUCCCACAGUACGACGACGACCUUUCGGCAGAAGUCGAGAUCUUCAAUUGGAGGAGGUGUUAUAACUGA